CUCAGAACCACGAACAUAUCUCUUGAGGCAUCAUGACGCGACCUGCUGCAUGCAUCUUAUGCCGCCAGGACAAGUUGCGCUGCAACGCUUCCGCCACAUUUCCAGACCCUUGUGCACGAUGUGCGUCUCGCAACCGUACGUGCAAGAUAGAUGCGAAUUACAGACGGAUAUCAACAGUGAACCGAAUGGAGCUGCUCUCGCGGGAGCUCUGCAGGAUGGCAGGCGCCCACCCUCGGCAGCAGCAAAGACAGCCACAGCAAAGAGAGAUUGACAUUCUGAAUGAUUCCAACUUCCCGUCUAUUCAACUCCACACCAACCCAUGUGUCAAUACCACUCCCACGCAGGGCACGUGUUUAGAAUCUACCUCGACAAGUCCAGCCAGAAUCUCGGCUAUGACCCAAACCUUUCAGCUCAAUGAUUUGACUCUUUCCAAAAGUGACGUCGGCGAGCUCUUCCAAGAGUGAGUAGCCAGCAAUUUGGGACACAAUUCCUGGGGACAGCUGUGUCUGUUGACCAUACCUCGCCAGGUUCUUUAUGUACUACCACGACCAGCUGCCCAUGUUAGAAAAAGACAUCGAUGCGCCCGCAGUAUUUGAUGCGAGUCCCCUGCUAUUUUGGGUCAUUAUUCUCACGGCGACCCGAAAUCUUGAGUCCCACCAUACUCAUUUUCAAAGCUUGUGCAAGAAAAUGCCUAUGCUUUUAGGCAAGCUUAUGUCUCAACGGGAUGACUCUGUACACACUAUGCAAGCAUUGCUUAUUCUGAGCAUGUGGCCUCUUCCAGUCAAUCGUCAAUCUGACGAUAUGCGCUGGGUGCAUAGCGGCAUGGCUAUGCAGAUGGCAAUGCAAGCGGGCUUUCAUCGAGUGGGCUACGAGCAAGAAUACCAUGGAUUGACUUAUUCCAAGUCCUCUGCGGACGAGCGAAAACACACACGAAUCUGGCGAGCAUGGUGUUUUGUCAAUGCGAUGCUAAGUUGUGAAUUUGGCCUCCCUUGUCUUGUCCCUUUCGAUAGUCUGGACAUUAAACCCGUCGACGAAGCCUGCCUGCCACCAGAUUUUCUUUCGAAGUUGCGAUUAGCUCUUUACAUCAGUCGUAUCAACGAUUCUCUGGGAGACAAGACGAAGGACAACAAUUAUCGAACGAGGACAACCCGUCUGCUGGACAAGGACCUCGAAAAUUUGGCAGCAACCCUUCGGCGAGCACGAGGUCAGUGGACUUGCAGCGUCGAGUUCGUCCUCCUGAGCAUCCGCCUCAAUAUGUACGCUUUUUCGCUGCGCCAACCUCCCUCGGCGUCAACCCCAGACCUGGAUCAUACUCUCCUUCAAAGCUCGGUAGCGAAGUGCGCCUGUCGACUAAUCAACAUCUACGUGAGCUCGCCGUUGCCAACCCUGAACACCUCUAAUCCCGGACUAUGCCUGCAGAAAUACUGUCAUAAAUUCUACUUUCGAUCCGUCUAUGCAGCUCUUCUGACGCUGCUCAAGAUAUCGAUGCUCAAUCAGAUCUCGCCGCAAGAGCUAGGAGAGGUCAAUAAUUCUAUCCGUCUCGGUCACUGCGCAAUCAAGUCGUGCUCAACGACAGAGGGCGACGAGUAUGAGAGAGUGGCAGGUAUGGUGGAACUUCUCUGUAAAAAGGGGGUCAUUGAGUCCGCAAGCGGCAGGUACUCAGUUGAAUCUCGUUUGGGUGCUUCACUAUGGCUUGAGCUACUUGCCUCAGCGAUCCACUGGCGCCGGUUGAAUUCGAUGCCGAAAACCCGCGAGAGAGACAGCAACACGGACAACCUUCGAAGCGACGUUUCAUCUUCGAUGUUGAAUGGACCACCAGGCUCGGUGGAAAAGGAAUUGGAUACAGCUUUUUCAACUACAAACGAUAUGGGCGUCGCGAUGGCCGAGGCUCAGUCUAAUCCAAAUUUAUAUCCAUACAGCAUCCAAGACUGGUCAACCUACCCAGACCCAGCAUGGCGGUGCUGGGACUUGAGUGUGGAGCCGCCUUGGUGGGGCGUGCCUGGGGAGUAGAUAUGUCACAACUAUGAAUCAUUCUCAUGCUCUGUGAGUAUAUCAGCAUAAGGCCGAGCAAGCCUUCGGUUGUCAGUGCACAGGCUCUUGUCCUUCGUAUAUAUGUACGUAUUUGUUCAGAUAAUUGCGG